AUGAUGUUGGGAGCAGAAGUUUGUCUGUACAUUCAGAAGGAGGAGCAGCAGGAGGACGACGAGGAGCAGCAGAAUGACGACGAGGAGCAGCAGAAUGACGACGAGAAGCAGCAGAAAGACGACGAGAAGCAGCAGAAAGACGACGAGGAGCAGCAGAAAGACGACGAGGAGCAGCAGAAAGACGACGAGGAGCAGCAGAAAGACGACGAGGAGCAGCAGAAAGGCGACGAGGAGCAGCAGAAAGACGACGAGGAGCAGCAGAAAGACGACGAGGAGCAGCAGAAAGACGACGAGGAGCAGCAGAAAGACGACGAGGAGCAGCAGAAAGACGACGAGGAGCAGCAGAAAGACGACGAGGAGCAGCAGAAAGACGACGAGGAGCAGCAGAAAGACGACGAGGAGCAGCAGAAAGACGACGAGGAGCAGCAGAAAGACGACGAGGAGCAGCAGAAAGACGACGAGGAGCAGCAGAAAGACGAAGAGGAGCAGCAGAAAGACGACGAAGAGCAGCAGAAGCAGAAUGACGACGAGGAGCAGCAGAAGCAGAAUGACGACGAGGAGCAGCAGAAGCAGAAUGACGACGAGGAGCAGCAGAAGCAGACGGACAAGCGGAAUGAGACGGACAAGCGGAAUGAGACGGACAAGCGGAAUGAGACGGACAAGCGGAAUGAGACGGACAAGCGGAAUGAGACGGACAAGCGGAAUGAGACGGACAAGCGGAAUGAGACGGACAAGCGGAAUGAGACGGACAAGCGGAAUGAGACGGACAAGCGGAAUGAGACGGACAAGCGGAAUCAGACGGACAAGCGGAAUGAGACGGACAAGCGGAAUGAGACGGACAAGCGGAAUGAGACGGACAAGCGGAAUGAGACGGACAAGCGGAAUGAGACGGACAAGCGGAAUGAGACGGACAAGCGGAAUGAGACGGACAAGCGGAAUGAGACGGACAAGCUGAAUGAGACGGACAAGCUGAAUGAGACGGACAAGCAGAAUGAGACGGACAAGCAGAAUGAGACGGAGAAGCAGAAUGAGACGGAGAAGCAGAAUGAGACGGACAAGCAGAAUGAGACGGACAAGCAGAAUGAGACGGACAAGCAGAAUGAGACGGACAAGCAGAAUGAGACGGACAAGCAGAAUGAGACGGACAAGCAGAAUGAGACGGACAAGCAGAAUGAGACGGACAAGCAGAAUGAGACGGACAAGCAGAAUGAGACGGACAAGCAGAAUGAGACGGACAAGCAGAAUGAGACGGACAAGCAGAAUGAGACGGAGAAGCAGAAUGAGACGGAGAAGCAGAAUGAGACGGAGAAGCAGAAUGAGACGGAGAAGCAGAAUGAGACGGAGAAGCAGAAUGAGACGGAGAAGCAGAAUGAGACGGAGAAGCAGAAUGAGACGGAGAAGCAGAAUGAGACGGACAAGCAGAAUGAGACGGACAAGCAGAAUGAGACGGACAAGCAGAAUGAGACGGACAAGCAGAAUGAGACGGACAAGCAGAAUGAGACGGACAAGCAGAAUGAGACGGACAAGCAGAAUGAGACGGACAAGCAGAAUGAGACGGACAAGCAGAAUGAGACGGACAAGCAGAAUGAGACGGACAAGCAGAAUGAGACGGACAAGCAGAAUGAGACGGAGAAGCAGAAUGAGACGGAGAUGGAAUUUUGGUCACCUUGCAAGAUCAACAUGGUGUUGGGAGCAGAAGUUUGUCUGUACAUUCAGAAGGCCCACCUGGAAGAUGAGUCGGCUGCCAAGGACAACCAACAGAACCAGCACAGCUGCUCAGAUGUCAACAUACCUGGAACACAGCACAAUUUAAGCUAA